GGCCAACAUGGCGGCGCGGCGGCCCCGCUCCGCCUCAGACCAUGACAGUGAUGAUGAUUCCUAUGAAGUGCUGGAUUUAACAGAAUAUGCCCGACGUCACCAUUGGUGGAAUCGUGUGUUUGGCUGGAACUCAGGACCAAUUGUUGAAAAAUAUUCUGUAGCCACACAGAUUGUAAUGGGAGGUGUGACUGGCUGGUGUGCGGGAUUUUUGUUCCAGAAAGUCGGAAAGCUUGCAGCAACUGCAGUAGGUGGUGGCUUUCUUCUGCUUCAAAUUGCUAGUCAUAGUGGAUAUGUACAAGUUGACUGGAAGAGAGUUGAAAAAGAUGUAAACAAAGCAAAAAAACAGUUGAAAAAACGUGCAAAUAAGGCAACUCCUGAAAUCAACACUCUAAUUGAAGAGUCCACAGAAUUUAUCAAGCAGAACAUCGUGGUGUCCAGUGGGUUUGUUGGAGGCUUUUUGUUGGGGCUGGCAUCGUAAGGACCCGAACGUCUCUUCCUGAUGGGAUCCGUGUUGGCCAAGAUCAGCUGUGGUGCCACGCUGUCUGCAAGCAGUGUGGGUCACUGGGCCUGCCAGAGUGAGACAAGUGGACUAGCUAGACAACUUGGGAGCUUUUGCAUUUCAGGCUUUUGCCUCUUGAAGCUUGGCAAAACUAAGAUUUGCUGAAAAACUGUGCAGUGUGCUCAUUUUAUAGCAUUUCUGGGCAAAACUGGUUCAUCCUCAUCAUGACUUGGUAUAUCUGGCCUUUCAAGAUUUAGCAUUUUUUAAAAUGUUAUCUUGGAAUAUAGCUAUGUAACCAUAUGAUAAGAAUGAAAGCUCCAUUUCUAUGUUUUCAGUUAAAUACUGUUUAUUUAAAAAGUAUUUUUCUUCAUGCUGUAGUAGGUAGUAUCAAUGACUACAUACUGUAUAUGAUAUUGUAGUUUCAGCCUCCUGGCUGUGCAUCUUCUUUAGAAGUCACUGCAAUAAUCUGUAAUACCUUUUUACAGAGUAUUAAAUAACAAAGAAUCAUGGGCUUAUUAAAGGUGAAAAUUAACUUAGACUGGC